AUGAAGAAGAACAUUUUCUUACUGAUUUUUCUCUUUAUAAUUAAAUUUUGUAUAUCACUUGCUUCCUCAAAUAAGACAGACCAACAAGCUCUAUUAGCUUUUCAAAAUCUUGUUACAAGUCCCAGUCAUUUAUUGGUCAAUAAUUGGACCAUAAAUACUUGUUUUUGCUCUUGGUUUGGUGUCACUUGCAAUUCAAAAAGGCAAAGGGUUGUGGCCUUGGCUCUUCCUAGUUUGCAACUUCAAGGCACAAUUUCCCCGUCUUUGGUCAAUUUGUCCUUUCUCAGAGAGCUAAAUCUUGGGAACAACUUCUUCUGCGGUGAAAUUCCUUAUGGAAUUGGCCACUUGCCUCGCUUGAGAGUCGUUGAUAUUCAAAAUAAUCAGCUCCAAGGAAGUAUUCCAACAAGCCUAUUUCAGCACCAGACAGUUCGAAAGAUUUCAUUGGCUUUCAAUAAACUCAACGGUGAAAUGUGGAAAGGUUCAUGGUAUGUACCCAAACAUAGAGACUUAAAUCUACGGAAUAAUAGUCUCACGGGUAUAAUCCCUCCUUAUGUUGGAAAUACCACAAAAUUGAUGAACUUAGAUUUGUCUGGGAAUAGAAUCAAUGGUAGCAUUCCAAUGGAGAUUGGUAAUAUUACCCAACUUACAGAGUUGUUCUUGGACGACAACGAAUUAACAGGUCUCAUUCCUGCAACACUGUUUAAUAUCUCAUCGCUACUUAAGGCAGCGCUAGGAAUCAAUAGCCUCAUUGGUCCUCUCUUGCUGGAUGAAGGAAUUGUUGUCUCAAAUCUGAAGUCUUUAAGACAAAUUCCUCCGGAAUUAGGGAAGCUAUCAAAUUUGAGGGAAUUGAGCUUCGACUCUAAUGAUAAUCUUAUUGGUCAAAUUCCAGAGGCUAUAUUCAACAUAUCUUCUUUGGAAAUCAUUGAUUUCAGUUUCAAUAAUCUCUCUGGUAGAAUUACAACCACUACAGGUCUUCAUCUUCCAAAUCUUAAAGGACUUGACUUGGGAGUCAAUGAGCUAGAGGGGGAAAUUCCAUUGUUCAUAACAAAUGCUUCAAAGCUUGAGAUAUUGUCGCUAGUAGAAAACUUUCUCACAGGAACUAUUCCUACUAAUUUGGGAAAUCUUCUUAAGUUGCUAUCAUUGUUCCUACAUUCUAAUCAACUUACCAAUGAACCAAGAGAACAUGAGUUGUGA